GAUGGGGUAGUGAAAUGCGGAGCUGAACAGAAAGCGAUGCUAGUAAGAGGGAGCGGGGGCCGAAGCGUAACAUGCAAGUCGCCCCCCUGCAAGCAGCUUGGCGAUGGGUGCCGAAAAUACUUACGCAGAAGCUUCGCCACCACACGCCUAGACAGGCUUCUCAUAUGGAGACAGACGGGUGCCGCUCGUUUUGAGCCAACCUCGAGCGAUAGUUUCCGUGCAGUAAACACGACUUCAUUCUGGUGCGCAUUGUCUGCGAACAAAAUCAAUUCCGUCAGCAGCAGUCAAAGAAUCAAGCGCAUUACAGCUUCCAUGCACAACAUGCAGGAGCCUGCCACGGCACCGUGGGAUCUUAUCAUUAGCGAUGCCGAUCUCCAGAAGCUUAAAGCCGGUUUCGAGCCUCAGGACCAAGAUGACAAAUGGCGCGUCUCCGUCACAGAUCAGAGCCCGAGCGGCAACUUCUCUGUCCACCUUGCUCGAAGCGGAACUGGCAAGGAGCUCUAUAUCCUUGCUGUGAAGCCAAGCGAUGGUAGCAGCAGCGGUAGCAGUGGUGGUGCGAAGAUCGAGGCCAUCACGUGGGAGCAGAACAAAGGUGGAAUUCGAAUCUCAGAGGAGCAGGGCAAGAAGGAAGCUGUGAUUAUUUCCAGGAGCGUUCUGGAAUGCGAUUUCGAUGCGCUUCCGGAUUAUGACGUCUCCGAUAUGUGGAAUCAUCCCGCUGCGCAGAUAGAUGCCAAAUAA